UAAAGAAUCUAAAUAUUUAAAUGAUACAUGGAUUCUUGAUCUAUAUUCCAAAUCUUGGAAUGAAAUCCUCUCCAACAAUAUCCCAGAAUAACGUUCUAAUUAGAGUGCUUGUUAUUCAUAAUAUCUUAAUGCGUAAAAAUUAUUUUUAAUUGUCUUUAUAUACAAAUAUUUAUUUUAAGAGUUUAUAUAUUCGGGGGUGGAAGUUUUAAAAAACAAAGAUAUAAUAAUAUAUAUAAAUUUGAUAUAUAAGAAAAAUAAUGGCAUAACGUAUUAGUAAAAGACUAACAUGAGUUAAUGAAUAGAACAUAUCAUUCAGGAGAUUUAUUUUAAAAAAAGUAUAUUGCAGUUUAUGGAGGUGAAUCGAAUGUAGACUUAGAUGAAUUUACUGUUAUUAAAUUACCAAAAAAGAAUUAAAAAUAUGCAGAAUUUGUAAUUCCUCAGUUUAAAGGAAAAAUUCCACCAAAAAGAAAAUUUCAUGCCAGUUGUAUUCUAAAAAAUAACAAACUAUAUAUAUCAGGAGGUUUUGUAGGAGACUAUGAAUGUUUUGAAUAUGUGAAUAUUCCCUUAUAAAUUUAAUAAACAUUAAAAAUAUUGAUUAUUUAUUAUAUAUUUCAAAAAAAUAAUAAUAUGAAAAUCUAUAUAAUGAAUGUAUAUUUAAAAAACUUUAUUAUUAUAAAAUUCUAGAUUUUUCUCCAUAAUUAAAAGUGGAUAAAACAUAUAAGCUAAUAGUUAAAGAUAUAAAAAAAAUCAUUAAAAACACUAAAGUUUAUAUAGAAUAGAUUUAUCUUAAAGGCGAUUAAUAAAUUAUUUUACUUUAAGAUAUUACUUGCUUUUGUAUAUAGGAGAUCUAUGAGUAGAAGGAAAUUAAUUUUGACUUUGAAAAAAAUGAAUUAAAAAAAAUAGAUUUAUAAUUACAAUAAUAUAUGA